UGCCUAGGGGUUCAGGCUCAGAGGGCUAGGGGCGGAGCUGAUUUCCUCCGCUUCCCGCUCCUGCUGGGAUGGUAACAAUGAAAGUUUAGAGGUAGGGCGGGGGCCGGGCAGGGGUUCUUAGGCCAUUGGCCCUGUGCCCCGAGCAGUCCCCGCCCCUUGGCUUGUACUGGGUUCUGGUUGAGGUGAGCGUGAGACCCCAGGGUCAGGGGUGGGCGGUUAUCACCUCCAGGGAAGCCAGGUCUGGAACUUCUCAGGCCUGUCAGCUACGAGAUUUACCAAACUCAGGCCUGCCCGCUCCCCCUCCCCCCAGCGCCCUUCCCUCCCUCAAACCUGCACUAGAAAAGGGUUCACUCGAGCCUUGCUCACCCUGAGCCAGUUGGGGUCCUGGGUACCCUCCUCCCCGACACAUCAGAGUUCCUCUGAGUGAACUGAUCAAAACCAAGACGGCGGUGAGCCAGGCCUCGAAGGGAAGGGAGGUGGGUGCAGAGGCCGCCCGGCCUGUGGCACCACGGCGGACUGCAGAGCCCGCGGUGCACCAGCGAUGCGGUGACCUGAGAGCUGUCUGGGCUGCGCGAGGGGACAGGAGCCGGGCCCAGACCUGGGAAGGGCCAGGCGGGAGGGGGUAGAGCGCCGAGACUCCAGAACCCGCAAGGGGACCCGAGCCCGGAGUGCGCAGGCAGGACGGAGCCCCAGGGCCCCGGAGCCCCAGAGAUCAGAGGAUGCAGCACCGAGGCUUCCUUCUCCUCGCCCUCCUCGCCCUCCUGGCGCUCGCGUCCGCGGUGGCCAAGAAGAAAGACAAGGUGAAGAAAGGCGGCGCGGGGGGCGAGUGCGCGGAGUGGACCUGGGGGCCGUGCACGCCCAGCAGCAAGGACUGCGGCGUGGGUUUCCGCGAGGGCAGCUGCGGGGCCCAGACCCAGCGCGUCCACUGCAGGGUGCCUUGCAACUGGAAGAAGGAGUUUGGAGCCGACUGCAAAUACAAGUUCGAGAGCUGGGGGGCGUGUGACGGGAGCACGGGCACCAAGGCCCGCCAGGGCACCCUCAAGAAGGCGCGCUACAAUGCCCAGUGCCAGGAGACCAUCCGCGUGACCAAGCCCUGCGCCUCCAAGACCAAGUCGAAGACCAAAGCCAAGAAAGGGAAAGGAAAGGACUGAUGUCCGGAGGCCGGUGAACCUUCGGCCCUGCCUGGGGCCUGAAAGGAGCCCUCCUCUCCCACGGGGCCCAAGAUAACCACGCACCAGUGCCUUUUCUCUUCCUGUCAAUCACUCCCUGCCCCUGCCCCCUCACACCCACACCAAGUGCCCUAAGUGGGGAGGGACAAGGGAUUCUGGGACGCUUGAGCCUCCCCACAGAGGGAUCUGAUUCCCAGCCCCCCUCUGUUCCCCCCCACCCUCAUACCUGUUACUAAGAAAUGAAUAAAAUGAACUCACUUUUUUU